AUGCCGAUGAUCUACUUUGUUACACCCACGCAUUUUCGUCCGGCUCAACGCGCUGACUUGAUUCGACUAUCACAAACACUGGCACAGGUGCCAAAUUUACACUGGAUUCUCAUCGAGGAUAGUGAUACCACUUCUCCAUCAAUUGGGGAGAUUUUAAAAAGAACACGUCUUCAAUUCACGCAUAUCAACGCGAAAACGACAUCGAAAAAGAAGAUGAAAUAUUCGGAUCCAAGUUGGAAAUUACCGCGUGGCGUCGAACAAAGAAAUGCCGCUUUACAUUGGAUAAGGACUCAAUUUUCCUCGCUUCGAAGAGGGGUUCUCUAUUUUGGUGAUGACGAUAACACGUACGAUUGGCGGCUUUUCUCGGAGAUGCGAACAAUCAAGAAAGCUGGGAUUUGGCCGGUGGGCAUAGUUGGUGGCCUUCUUGCUGAAGCACCAACACUCUUCGAUAAUGGUUCUGUUUCUCAUUUUAAUGCCCUGUGGAAACCCGAGCGACCCUUUCCAAUCGAUAUGGCAGCUUUUGCCGUUAACAUCUCGCUAAUAAUUGAUCAUCCCGGUGUCGAAUUUUCCUAUUCUGUACCACGCGGCUAUCAGGAAUCACAUUUUCUACAAGGAUUAAAUUUGGAGAAGUUCGAUUUAGAGGCGAAAGCUGAUCUCUGCACUAAGGUUUAUGUUUGGCAUACACGUACUGAGAAAAGCGUAUUGGAAAAACCACUAGAAGAAAAAGUGAUCAAUUUCGAAGAGGCUGAUUUUGCUCCGCUGGAGGCGCAUGCUUUAGGUUUAGAAUUG